AGAUAAAUCCAGACCUUGAAAAACUUUCCCCUUACGAAUGUGGCUUUGACCCCCUUAGCUCAGCACGCCUCCCCUUCUCCAUUCGAUUCUUCUUAGUCGCAAUCUUAUUUUUGUUGUUUGACUUGGAGAUUGCACUCCUGCUCCCCCUCCCCUGAGGUAAUCAACUUAUAUACCCCUUCCAUACUUUAAUAUGAGCCUCUUUUGUACUUGUACUUUUGACAUUAGGUUUAAUGUAUGAGUGGGUGCAAGGCGGAUUAGAAUGGGCAGAAUAAGUACUUAGUUUAAACAAAACAUUUGAUUUCGGCUCAAAAAACGUGGUUAAAAUCCUCAAGCACUUUAAUGUCACUAAUUCACCUUGCCCUUUCAAGUUGCUUUAUUCUAGGUCUAAUAGGCGUUUCAUUUCACCGUACUCAUUUACUAUCUGCUUUACUAUGCCUAGAGGGAAUAAUGCUUUCGCUUUACCUAACACUCUCUGUCUGAGUAUUACAAAUAGACUCACCCAAUCUCUCGUUAGCCCCCAUGCUCCUUUUGGCAUUUUCAGCAUGUGAGGCAGCAGUCGGAUUAGCCCUUCUUGUAGCCACCUCACGCACUCACAACACUGAUCACUUAAAAGCACUUAAUAUCCUACAAUGUUAAAAGUUCUUAUCCCAACCAUAAUAUUACUCCCAACUGUUUGACUAACCCCAUUUAAAUGACUUUGACCCACAACUUUGACUCACAGUCUUGCCAUCGCAUUAACCAGUUUAUACUGAAUAAAUGCAUCUUCUGAGACAGGGUGAACAACCCUUAAUCAAUUCAUAGCAACAGAUCCGUUAUCAACCCCUCUCCUAGUACUCUCUUGCUGACUACUUCCUCUUAUAGUCUUAGCAAGUCAAAACCAUUUAAGCAAUAACCCCCCUAACCGCCAACGGACUUUCAUUACAUUACUUAUUACACUACAAACCUUCUUAAUCCUAGCUUUCAGUGCUACUGAGUUAAUUAUAUUUUAUGUGAUAUUUGAAGCCACCCUUAUCCCUACCAUUUUAAUUAUUACCCGUUGAGGUAACCAAGCUGAACGUUUAAACGCAGGCACUUAUUUCCUAUUCUAUACUUUAGCUGGAUCAAUACCACUUCUUGUAGCUCUUUUAAUACUUCAAAACAAUGCCGGCUCCCUCUCCAUAUUUAUUAUGCACCACUCACUUCUCUUAGAGAUAUCUACUUCAACUAAGCUGUUGUGAGCAGGCUGUCUUGUGGCCUUCCUAGUUAAGAUACCAUUAUAUGGUAUCCAUCUUUGGCUCCCUAAAGCACACGUAGAAGCCCCUAUCGCAGGGUCAAUGGUUUUGGCCGCUGUACUCCUUAAAUUAGGUGGUUAUGGUAUAAUCCGCCUUUUAGCUCUUUUAGACCCUCUCACUAAAGAACUGGCCUAUCCAUUUAUUAUUAUGGCUCUUUGAGGCGUGGUUAUAGCAGGAUCCAUCUGUCUCCGACAAACAGACCUUAAAUCUAUAAUUGCAUACUCCUCAGUCAGCCAUAUAGGUCUUGUUGCUGCCGCUAUUUUAAUCCAAACAUCAUGAGCUUUUAAAGGGGCAAUAAUUUUGAUAAUUGCACAUGGCCUUACUUCUUCAGUAUUAUUCUGCUUAGCUAACUUUUAUUACGAACGAACCCACACCCGAACCCUAUUAUUAGCUCGAGGUAUACAAGUGAUCUUCCCAUUUAUAGGUUUAUGAUGACUUGUAGCAACCGUAGCCAAUUUAGCUUUACCUCCUCUACCAAAUUUCACAGCAGAAUUACUUAUUAUUACCUCAUUAUUUAAAUGGUCCCCCUUAACCAUUCUAUUAGCCGGUGCAGGGGUUAUUAUUACUGCUGCUUACUCACUGUACCUUUUUCUUGUUACUCAACGGGGCCCUCUCCCUAAAGAAUUUAUUGAGCAGGACCCAGCUCUUACUCGAGAACAUCUAAUCUCAAGCCUAACUCUUCUCCCACUGGUAUUCCUAAUCUUUAAACCACAUCUAAUUUGAGGUUUCAAACAUUGUAGGUAUAAUUUAAAUAAAAUGUUAGAUUGUGAUUCUAAAAAUAAAAGUUAAAAUCCUUUUACCCACCGAGAGAGAGAAGAAAAAACAAAAACUGCUAAUAUUUGUUGCUUUGGUUAAACUCCAAGGCUCACUCGCACACUUUUAUAGGAUAACAGCUCAUCCGUUGGUCUUAGGAACCAAAGACUCUUGGUGCAAAUCCAAGUGGAAGUUAUGUACCCCACCUCUUUGGUUUUAUCAUCCACUCUUUUGAUAAUUCUUAUUUUUCUUAUUACCCCAGUUCUAAACACCCUCUCAUCAAAACCCCUCCCCCAAAACUGGUCUUCAACACAUGUUAAAUCUGCAGUUAAAAUAUCAUUUUUUACCAGCCUUAUUCCUCUUUUUAUUUUUUUUAACAAUGGAACUGAAACUAUUGUCUCCUCAUUCACAUGAAUAGACCUUGCAACAUUUGAUAUUAAUAUCAGCCUUAAAUUUGAUAUCUACUCUAUUGUUUUCACCCCUGUUGCCCUAUACGUGACUUGGUCCAUCCUAGAAUUUGCUUCUUGAUAUAUGCACUCAGACCCCGCGAUAAACCGUUUCUUCAAAUAUUUACUUAUCUUCUUAAUUGCAAUAAUUACCCUUGUAACAGCUAACAAUAUAUUUCAAUUAUUUAUCGGUUGAGAAGGGGUUGGGAUCAUGUCAUUUCUACUAAUCGGAUGGUGACAUGCUCGAGCAGAUGCAAAUACAGCAGCAUUACAAGCAGUACUUUAUAACCGCAUUGGUGAUAUUGGCUUAAUUAUUGCCAUAGCUUGAAUUGCAACAAACCUUAACUCAUGAGAAAUACAUCAAAUCUUCUUAUUUUCCAAUAACAUAGACCUUACUUUACCCCUCCUUGGACUCAUCCUUGCAGCCGCAGGAAAAUCAGCCCAAUUUGGGCUUCACCCCUGACUACCUUCUGCUAUAGAAGGCCCUACCCCGGUUUCUGCUUUACUUCACUCAAGCACUAUAGUUGUAGCAGGUAUUUUUCUUAUAGUACGCAUAAGCCCAUUACUAGAAACCAACCCUUUAGCGCUCACACUUUGCCUUUGUCUUGGAGCAUUAACAACACUUUUUACAGCAAUUUGCGCUUUAACACAAAACGAUAUUAAAAAAAUUAUUGCAUUUUCCACAUCAAGCCAACUUGGCCUUAUAAUAGUAACUAUUGGCCUCAAUCAACCACAACUUGCUUUCCUUCACAUUUGCACACACGCAUUUUUCAAAGCCAUACUAUUUCUUUGUUCCGGUUCCAUUAUUCAUAGCUUAAAUGAUGAACAAGACAUCCGUAAAAUAGGCGGUAUACACCGCCUAACCCCUUUCACUUCAUCUUCUAUAACCUUGGGAAGUUUAGCUUUAACUGGCACCCCUUUUUUAGCAGGUUUUUUUUCUAAAGACGCAAUUAUUGAAGCCUUAAAUAACUCCUAUCUGAACGCCUGAGCCCUUCUCAUUACACUACUUGCUACUUCGCUCACAGCUGUUUACAGCCUUCGCGUAAUCUUCUUUGUAUCAAUAGGUAACCCUCGAUUCCCUUCUUUACCCCCUAUUAAUGAAAAUAACCCCUUAGUUAUUAACCCUAUUAAACGCUUAGCAUUUGGAAGCAUCGUAGCUGGACUACUUAUCUGUUCUAAUAUUUCACUUUUGAAAACGCCUGUAAUAACCAUGCCUUUUUUUGCUAAAACAGCAGCUAUUGUUGUCACUUUAAUGGGCUUCUUAGUAGCCUUAGAACUGGCUUUAAUAACUUCUAAGCAAGCCUUCAUUACCCCAUCCUUAAAUACUCAUCGCUUCUCUAACUUGUUGGCUUUUUACCCUAACAUUAUACACCGUACUUCACCUGCAAAUAGUCUCACUUUUGGACAAACAAUUGCCACUCAGGUUAUGGACCUAUCCUGAUUAGAAAAAUCCGGACCUAAACUUAUAAUCUCAUUAAACACCGCCUUGGCCUCUACAGUUAGUAACGCACAAAAAGGUGCAGUCAAAACAUACCUUACUUCCUUACUACUCACCCUAGUCUUAACCACCCUUAUUUUUAAUUUUAGAUAGCACGUAAGGCCCCUCGCUCAAAUCCACGGGUUAACUCCAAAACAACAAAUAACGUUAACAAUAAAGCUCAAGCACCAAUCACUAAUAUUCAACACCCCGAGGAAUACAUCACACCCACUCCACUAGUGUCUGAUCGUAAUAACCCUAGAUUACUUAUUUCUUCAAGGGGAGAGACUGACCCUUCAAGCCCCCCACUUCAACAAUAAAUAAAUGAAAAUCCAACCAAUACUAGAUAAAAUAAUAUCCGCAUGAGAACUGGUAAGCUACCUCACCCCUCAGGAUAACGCUCUGCAGCCAAUGCCGCAGAAUAAGCAAAAACGACCAAUAUACCCCCUAAAUAAAUUAGAAAAAGAAUUAAAGAUAAAAAAGACCCCCCAAAAUAAGCUACUAACCCACAACCAGCCCCGGAAGCAAAUACCACCCCCAAGGCUGCAAAGUAUGGAGAAGGGUUUGAAGCCACAGCAGCAAAUCCUAAAAUUAAACCAAUUAAUAAAACUGAUAAUACAUAUGACAUAAUUUAUGUUUGGGUUUUAACCAAAACCAAUGACUUGAAAAACCACCGUUGUAGUUCAACUACAUAAACUAAUGGCCAGCUUACGCAAAACCCACCCAAUACUAAAAAUUGCUAAUGACGCAUUGGUAGACCUACCCGCUCCGUCAAAUAUUUCCGUCUGAUGAAACUUUGGAUCGCUUUUGGGUCUCUGCCUAAUUUCCCAAAUUGUAACAGGCCUUUUCCUAGCAAUACAUUACACUUCUGAUAUUGCCACAGCUUUUUCAUCAGUGACACAUAUUUGCCGAGAUGUUAACUUCGGGUGAUUAAUCCGAAGUAUGCAUGCCAAUGGCGCCUCCUUUUUCUUUAUUUGUAUUUACCUCCAUAUCGCACGAGGGUUGUAUUAUGGAUCAUAUCUAUACAAAGAGACCUGAAAUGUUGGAGUACUACUUCUCCUUCUUGUAAUAGCAACAGCUUUUGUAGGUUAUGUCCUCCCUUGAGGUCAAAUGUCUUUUUGAGGCGCCACAGUAAUCACGAACCUUCUUUCCGCCGUACCUUAUGUUGGUAGCGACCUUGUCCAAUGAAUCUGAGGCGGCUUCUCUGUCGACAAUGCUACCCUAAACCGAUUUUUUACAUUCCACUUCCUACUUCCAUUUGUAGUAUUGGCAGCCACACUUGUCCACCUUCUUUUUCUACAUGAAACUGGCUCAAACAACCCAGCUGGCCUAAACUCUGAUGUUGAUAAGAUCUCUUUCCACCCUUACUUUUCCUACAAAGAUCUAUUAGGCUUCGCGGCAUUACUAAUUGCACUAACUACUUUAUCUUUGUUCCUACCUACCUUAUUAGGGGAUCCCGAUAAUUUUACACCAGCCAAUCCCUUGGUCACCCCUUCUCAUAUUAAACCCGAAUGGUACUUUCUAUUUGCUUAUGCUAUUCUUCGGUCUAUCCCUAACAAACUAGGGGGCGUGUUGGCCUUGUUAUCAUCUAUUUUAGUACUAGCGCUUGUACCUCUACUUCACACGUCUAAACAACGAGGGUUGACAUUUCGACCACUCACACAAAUCCUUUUCUGGUCUCUAACCGCUGACAUGGUUAUCCUAACAUGGAUUGGAGGAAUACCUGCUGAACCCCCGUACAUUAUAAUUGGACAGGUGGCCUCAGUAGCUUACUUCUCAAUUUUCCUAGUACUACUGCCUUCAGCGGGAUAUAUUGAAAAUAGUAUACUCAAAUGAGAAUGUAAGGGUAGCUCAGCUUCAGAACGCCGGUCUUGUAAACCGGAUGUCGGAGGUUAAAAUCCUCCCCCUCGCUCAGAAAAAGGCGACUUCAACGCCUACCCCUAGCCCCCAAAGCUAGGAUUCUGUUAAACUAUUCUCUGAAUGGCAUAUAUUGACAUAUGUGUAUAUAUAUAUAUAUAUAUACUAGCAUAUCAUAAAAUAUUAUUAUUAUGUAUUAUAACCAUUAUGUUACAGUAAACACUCUGGACUUAAUAAUAAAUAAGAUGUACAUAGGCAUAAAUGUAUAAUAACCAUUAAUUUAAUUUAAAAUAACAAGAAUAAUAAUAUAAUUAAGGUACACUAAAUACUUCUAAGUAGAAAAACCUAAAAUUUAAUAAGUAAUGGGAGAUUUAAGAAUCAAUACAACGGCAAUGAGAGAAUUCUACCAAGUAGUCUACACCUCUUAUACUUGUAAAUUAGUUGGCACUAAGAACCUACCAAUCGACUAUACCUUAAUGCUAACGGUUAUUGAGGGUGAGGGACAAGUAUUCGUGGGGGUCGCUAUCAGUGAAUUAUUCCUGGCAUUUGGUUCCUACCUCAGGUCCAUUUAUUGGGUCACUCCCCACACUUUCAUUGACGCUAGCAUAAGUUAAUGGUGGUAAUCAUACGACUCGUUACCCACCUACCCGGGGAUUCACUCCAGCGGGUAAGGGGUUCCUUUUUUUUUUUUCCUUUCAUCUUGCAUUACAGAGCGCACACGGUAUUAGUUGACAAGGGAGCACAUUUCCUUGAAUGAAAGACAAAUAGUGAAAGUUGAAAAGACAUAACUUAAGAAUAGCAUAUAUCUAUUUCUAGAGCAUAAUAUACAUUUUUUUCCCCUAACUCUUCUCUUAUCCCCCUUUCUUAGUUUUUCCACGAGAAACCCCCCCACCCCCCUUUUUUUUUUUUGUUGUUUUAAAUCUUAAAAGAUAACUCUUAUGACAGAAAACCCCUUAUCAAUUUUUCAUAUUACCUUUAAAAACUAGUUUGAUGAAAAGUUUUUUAUAUAUAUAUAUAUAUAAAUAUAUAUAUAUGUAAAUAUUUUAAUUAUAAAGUUGCUUAAAAUAUCACUGGAAACCUUCUACUAAAAAUCUUUAACGAGUGGUUUAAAUACUUGUUAUCGUAGCUUAAUAGAAAAAGCAUAACACUGAAGAUGUUAAGACUGAGCUAUAGUAUGCUCCGAGAACACAAAGGUUUGGUCCUAACUUUACUGUCAACUAUAACUAAAUUUAUACAUGCAAGUAUCCGCACCCCCGUGAGAAUGCCCUUUCAUUUCUUUUGAUAACAAGGAGCUGGUAUCAGGCACACUACUGUAGCCCACUACACCUUGCUCAGCCACACCCUCAAGGGUACUCAGCAGUGAUUAAUUUUGAAUCAUAAGUGAAAACUUGAAUCAGUUAAAGCUAUAAAGGGUCGGUAAAACUCGUGCCAGCCACCGCGGUUAUACGAGAGACCCAAGCUGACAGAAACCGGCGUAAAGAGUGGUUAGAAAAACAAGACACUAAAGCUGAACACUUUUUUAGCCGUUUAACGCUUAUGAAAACCAGAAACCCUAUUACGAAAGUAGCUUUAACCCCUUGAAUCCACGAAAGCUAUGAAACAAACUGGGAUUAGAUACCCCACUAUGCUUAGCCGUAAACAAUGAUAACUAAUUACACCCACCAUCCGCCCGGGUACUACGAGCAUAAGCUUAAAACCCAAAAGACCUGGCGGUGCUUUAAAACCCCCUAGAGGAGCCUGUUCUAUAACUGAUAACCCCCGUUCAACCUCACCCUCUCUUGCCAUUUACCGUUUAUAUACCGCCGUCGUCAGCCCACCCUGUGAAGGACUUAUAAUGAGCAUAACUGAUAUAACCUCAUACGUCAGGUCGAGGUGUAACAUAUGAGAGGGGAAGAAAUGGGCUACAUUCGUUUAUUAACGAACCACGAAAUGCAUGCUGAAAUCACAUGUUCGAAGGAGGAUUUAGCAGUAAGGAGAGGAUAGAGUACCCUCCUGAAACCGGCUCUAAAGCACGCACACACCGCCCGUCACUCUCCCCUUUUCAAUACUACUGAUAAAUAAGAAAUACCCGAAAAUUUAGGGGAGACAAGUCGUAACAUGGUAAGUGUACCGGAAGGUGCACUUGGAUUAAUUAGAGUAUAGCUAAAAAGUAAAGCUUCUCACUUACACCGAGACAACGCUUGUGCAAAUCAAGCUACCCUAAUACCUUAAAAUUAGCCCAACCCUUAAUAAGCAAAUAAAAAUAGAAAUAACCUUAAAACUACUGAAACAAUAAAACAAAACAUUUUACCCCUUUAGUAUAGGAGAUAAAAAAGGAUCUAGGCGCUAUAAAAACAAGUACCGCAAGGGAACAUUGAAAGAGUAGUGAAAAAAUUCAACUAAGUUAAGCAAAGCAAAGAUUAAACCUUGUACCUUUUGCAUCAUGAUUUAGCUAGUAUAAUUUAAGCAAAGAGUACUUAAGUUUAAAACCCCGAAACCAAGUGAGCUACUUCAAGACAGCCUUAAUUAGGGCUAACCCGUAUCUGUGGCAAUAGAUUGGGGUGAUCUUUAAGUAGAGGUGAUAAACCUAUCGAACUCGGUUAUAGCUGGUUGUCUAUGAAAAGAAUAGAAGUUCAACCCAAUCUCGUUUAUUACACCACUCACGUUUAAACCCACUAAAGGUAAGAAUACAAGCGAUUGGAGCUAGUCAAAAGAGGUACAGCUCUUUUGACAAAAGAAACAACUUUUUAAGGAGGUUAAAGAUAAAAUCAGUAAAGAUUAAGACCCAGGUGGGCCUAAUAGCAGCCAUCCUUAAAGAAAGCGUUAAAGCUCAAGCACUAUAGACUCAAUUAUCCCUGUCAUAACCCUAAAACCCCUAAACUUAUUAGACUUUCUUAUCAGCUGAUAAGAGUAAUAAUGCUAAUAUGAGUAAUAAGAGGGUUAAGCCCCUCUCUUAACACGAGUGUACAUCGGAACGGACCAAACACCGAAAAUUAACGCACCUAACCUAAGAAGGUAAUGCAUACGAAACAACUAACAAGAAAACCCACCAUAAAAGUCAAGCGUUAACCCCACACUGGAUUGUUCAAUAAGAAAGACUAAAAGGAGAAGAAGGAACUCGGCAAAUACUUUUUAAGCCUCGCCUGUUUACCAAAAACAUCGCCUCUUGGAUAACCAAAAUAAGAGGUCCUGCCUGCCCUGUGACUAUGGGUUCAACGGCCGCAGUAUUCUAACUGUGCAAAGGUAGCGCAAUCACUUGUCUUUUAAAUGGAGACCUGUAUGAAUGGCAUGACGAGGGCUUGACUGUCUCCUUCCCCUAGUCAAUGAAAUUGAUCUCCCCGUGCAGAAGCGGGGAUUAAAACAUAAGACGAGAAGACCCUGUGGAGCUUUAGACACAAGGAAGCUUAUGUUAAUAAUUUAUAUACAAGAUAAACUAAAUGAGCCCUUCCUAAUGUCUUUGGUUGGGGCGACCAUGGGGAAAAAUAUAACCCCCGUGUGGGAGAAAUAAUAAUUCUUAAAGCCAUGAAACACACUUCUAAGCAUCAGAAUAUCUGACCUAAAGAUCCGGCAAAACCGAUUAACGAAACAAGUUACCCCAGGGAUAACAGCGCAAUCCCCUUCGAGAGUUCUUAUCAACGAGGGGGUUUACGACCUCGAUGUUGGAUCAGGACAUCCUAAUGGUGCAGCUGCUAUUAAGGGUUCGUUUGUUCAACGAUUAAAGUCCUACGUGAUCUGAGUUCAGACCGGAGUAAUCCAGGUCAGCUUCUAUCUAUGAAGCACCCUUCCCUAGUACGAAAGGACCGAGAAGGGGAGGCCCAUUCUAACAGAACGCCUACCCCUUACCUACUGAAGCCAUAUUAAAUAGCCAAAAGGGGGUCUCCUUCUGCUUGAAACUAAAGCAUAUUAAGGUGGCAGAGCCCGGUAAUUGCAAAAGACCUAAGCUCUUUGAACAGGGGUUCAAAUCCUCUUCUUAGUUAUAAACCUUGCCACCAUCAUACAUCUAAUUAACCAUCUUUUAUAUAUAAUUCCAGUUCUUCUAGCCGUAGCAUUUUUAACCUUAAUUGAACGAAAGGUUUUAGGUUAUAUACAACUUCGAAAGGGUCCCAACUUAGUUGGCCCUUACGGGCUCCUCCAACCAAUUGCUGACGGUAUUAAGCUUUUUAUUAAAGAACCUGUUCGACCUUCAUCAUCAUCUUCCACUCUCUUUAUUCUCGCCCCCAUCCUUGCCCUUACCUUAGCCUUAACCUUGUGAGCUCCUAUACCCAUACCCCACCCAGUUUUGGAUAUUAACCUUACAAUCUUACUCCUUCUAGCCGUCUCUAGCCUUGCAGUGUACUCAAUUCUGGGAUCCGGGUGAGCAUCAAAUUCAAAGUAUGCACUAAUUGGGGCCCUACGAGCCGUAGCACAAACGGUUUCAUAUGAAGUCAGUUUAGGCUUGAUUUUACUUGCCUCCAUUAUCCUCACCGGUGGCUUUACCCUACAAACAUUCAAUAUAACCCAAGAAGCCAUUUGACUAAUCUUACCAGCCUGACCUCUUGCUGCAAUAUGAUAUGUAUCAACCCUUGCCGAAACUAACCGGACCCCUUUUGAUCUAACAGAAGGUGAAUCAGAAUUAGUAUCAGGUUUUAAUGUUGAGUAUGCCGGCGGACCCUUCGCAUUAUUUUUUCUAGCAGAGUAUGCUAAUAUUCUUGUAAUAAACACUUUAUCAGCAAUUCUAUUUCUAGGAACAACCACCCUUCCUUUAGUACCAUAUCUUACCACCUCAGUUUUGAUAACUAAAGCGGCUUUUCUUUCAAUACUCUUUUUAUGAGUCCGAGCUUCAUACCCCCGAUUUCGCUAUGACCAACUAAUACACCUCACAUGAAAAAACUUCUUACCCCUUACACUAGCCUUAAUCAUUUGACAUUUAUCUCUUCCCAUUACAUUAGCAGGCCUACCUCCCCAACUUUAAAUUAAAAACGAUAGUUGUAACCCAAAACACCAAUUUAAUAAACACCCAAUAAGGGUAAAAACCCUUUAAUACUCCUUAGAAAGAAGGGGAUCGAACCCUACUGAAGAGAUCAAAACUCUUAGUGCUCCCAUUACACCACUUCCUAAAAGUAAAGUCAGCUAAUAAAGCCCUUAGGCCCAUACCCUGAAAAUGUGGGUUAAAAUCCCCCCUUUACUAAUGCCUCCCGUAUUAAUCCCUCCGGCAGUCUUAGUAACUUUAGUGUCCAUUGCCUCUCUUAUUGUUACCUUGGCUUUCGCAAACUCAUGUUGGGUUUUAGCGUGGGUUGGAUUGGAGAUUAAUGCCCUAGCUAUAUUACCCCUUAUCAGUCAGCCUGCAAAUUCCCACACUCUUAACCCAGCCCCUAAAUAUUUCCUGGCUCAAACUACUGCCUCCGUAUUAAUCCUCUUUGCUACCAUUCUUAACACUUGGAUCACUGGCCAAUGAUCCCUUAACAUAACAUCGGACCCCACCGCGCUUAAUGUGGCUACCCUUGGACUCCUAAUUAAGCUAGGUAUUGCCCCAGUCCACAUAUGGUUACCAGAAGUAAUAAAAGAUAUCCCUUUACACUCUGCUCUCCCUAUAGCCACAUGACAAAAACUAGCCCCCUUCACCCUUUUAGCUCAAUUAACACCUCAUAAUUAUGAGGUGCUUGUAGCCCUAGGCUUAUUAUCUGUUUUCAUUGGCGGCUGAGGCGCAUUAAAACAGCUCAACUUACGUAAACUCAUAGCCUAUUCCUCAACUGCCCACUGAGGGUGCAUCCUUUUAAUUCUUCAGUUUUCUAAACCUCUUGCAUUAAUAACACUUCUAGCUUACUUUCUUAUAACCUUUUCCGUAUUCACUUUGUCUAACAUAUGAUAUGCCAUGGCUAGCCACGCUUUAUGCAUCUCAUGAUCUAAGGUAGCCCCUUUUAGCGGCCUUACCCCUCUGAUUAUCUUAUGCCUUGGGGGACACCCUCCUUUUGAUUAUCAUUGACCACUUUGGAUGCUUUGAUGAUUCCCCUUGAUAACCAGCUUUGGUGCCUUAACAGUACUUAUAACGCUUUAUUCCCUCAUAAGCCUAUUAUUCUACCUACGGUUAUCAUAUGCGUUUGUUUUGUUAACCCCUCAUGAUAUAAAACCUAGCAAGACCUCCCGACAUUUGAUUAAUCUACAUAUCACAAUACGCCUGCUUAAUACGGUGAUUAUAGGAUUAAUUACAGUUUAUGUACUUCACAACAUAUGGCCUUAAUUUUUUAAACAGCUUGAACAAGGGAUUUAGGUUAACUUAAACCAGGAGCCUUCAAAGCCCCUAAUAGGAGUUAAAAUCUCCCAAUCCCUGAAGGUUGCUUUUAUACAUCAACUGCACACAAUAGUUGAGUAAAAUUAGAACUUUGCUACUCAAACAAGCUUAUUACCCUACAAAUUUUAAUUAAAAAUACACACCUAAAACAACAAAAAGAUUAUUUUUUACCAUACAAGCGACCUUAAACUAGUUCAGGGUUUUAAAGUCAAAUGUAUAAAAGAACCUUUAUGCAUAUCUUUCUAACAGAGGACAUAGAUACCUUAAUAAUAAACGCUUUAUUAACAUUCUACUUGUAUGGCCAAUCUCGCCUUAAUUUAAAUUAGGAGUUGUGCCCGAAUUCUAAGGGCCACUUUGAUAGAGUGCUUAAUAGGGGUUAAAGUCCCCUCAGCUCCUUAAAAACAGAACUUAAACACUAAGCAAGUUAAAACACCUAGUGCUUUUGUUAUAUAUUCAUAAAAGUAAAAUCAGCUAAUCAAGCUAUUGGGCCCAUACCCCAAAAAUGUAGGUUAAACCCCGCCUUUUACUAAUACACCCAGUUGCACUCCUUGUAAUAGUAUUUUCCCUUUCUCUUGGCGUUACCCUAACUUUUGCAAGUUCAUAUUGAAUCCUAGCAUGAGUCGGAUUAGAAAUUAAUACACUAGCUAUUUUACCUCUUAUAAGCCAAACUAUAUACUCCCGCCCUGUUGAAGCAGCUACAAAAUACUUCCUAGCCCAAGCUGCUGCCUCCGCAUUAAUCCUUUUUGCCAUCAUAUUUAACGCUUGAACCACGGGUGAAUGGUCAAUCAACACAACAUCGGACCCCACCGCAAUUAAUGUAGCUACCCUAGGACUCGCUAUGAAAUUAGGGGUCGCCCCCCUCCACAUUUGGUUGCCAGAGGUCUUGCAAGGUGUAACUUUAACCACUGGCCUGAUUCUAUCCACCUGACAAAAGUUAGCCCCAUUUGCCCUUUUAUCUCAAUUAACACCCCACAAUCAAGAGGUGUUCCUCAUUAUGGGGUUAUUAUCAACCUUUAUUGGCGGCUGGGGUGGCUUAAAUCAAACUCAGUUGCGUAAACUUUUAGCCUAUUCCUCAAUUGCCCACUUAGGCUGAGUAUUUUUAAUUAUACAAUUCUCUAAGCCUCUUGCAUUAGUAACACUUUUUACUUAUUUUCUGAUAACCUUCUCCGUGUUUACUUUAUCUACUAUAUAUAAAGCUACAACUAUUAACUCCUUAUCCAUCUCUUGAUCUAAAGCACCUGCCCUUACUGCCCUAACCCCUUUAGUUAUCCUAUCCCUCGGAGGACUUCCCCCUCUGACUGGCUUUGGACCAAAGUGGAUGAUUUUGUUUAACCUUUCAAUGGCUGAUCUUAAUAUCCUGGCAGUCCUCGCAGCAUUCUCUUCCCUUAUUAGCUUAUACUUUUACCUCCGAUUAACAUAUGCAUUUACCCUGAUAACCCCUCCAAACAUCACACCUGGCGCAGCCUCUUGACGCUUAAUAAAUUUGCAUCUCACAAUACGCCUAGCUAUCCCAGUAACUUUAACACUGAUACUACUCCCCGUACUACCGAACAUUUUGUCCAUAUUCUUCUAAGAACACCACACGAGGGAUUAUUUUAAUUUAUACUAGGGGCCUUAAAAGACCCCUGUGGGAGUUAAAACCUCCUAACCCUUAUAAGACCUGCAGGUUAUUACCCCACAUCGACUGCGUGCAAAACAGACACUUUAAUUAAGCUAAAGCCUUACUAGACAGGCAGGCCUUUAUCCUACAAGUUCCUAGUUAACAGCUAGGCGCCCAAACCAGCGAGCAUCUGUCUACCUUUCCCCCGCCUUUAAAGGCGGGAAGGCGGGGGAAAGCCCCGGCAGACGUUAACCUGCUUCUUUAGAUUUGCAAUCUAACAUGUAACACCUCAAGGCUUGAUAAGAAGGGGGAUUAAACCCCUGUGUAUGGAGCUACAAUCCACCGCUUACUCAGCCACCUUACCUGUGAUAAUUUCUCGUUGAUUUUUCUCCACCAACCAUAAAGACAUUGGCACCCUUUAUUUAGUAUUUGGUGCUUGAGCUGGUAUAGUAGGUACUGCUCUUAGCCUCCUUAUUCGGACUGAACUCAGUCAACCAGGUGCUCUUCUUGGAGAUGACCAAAUCUACAACGUCACCGUGACUGCCCAUGCUUUCGUAAUAAUCUUUUUUAUAGUAAUACCAAUUAUAAUUGGGGGUUUUGGAAACUGACUUAUUCCUUUAAUAAUUGGUGCCCCUGAUAUAGCAUUUCCUCGUAUAAAUAAUAUAAGCUUCUGACUUUUACCCCCAGCUUUCCUUCUUUUACUUGCAUCCGCAGCUGUGGAAGCUGGAGCUGGUACAGGAUGAACAGUUUACCCCCCCUUAGCCGGCAACCUUGCCCAUGCCGGAGCUUCUGUUGACUUAACUAUUUUUUCUCUUCACCUGGCUGGUGUCUCAUCAAUUCUAGGGGCUAUCAACUUUAUUACCACUAUUAUUAAUAUGAAACCCCCUGCAAUUACACAAUACCAGACCCCUUUAUUUGUAUGAGCCGUUCUAAUUACAGCCGUACUUCUUUUAUUAUCCCUUCCUGUAUUAGCAGCUGGCAUUACCAUACUGCUCACUGACCGGAAUCUAAACACGACUUUCUUUGACCCCGCUGGAGGUGGAGACCCGAUCCUCUACCAACAUCUAUUCUGGUUCUUUGGUCACCCUGAAGUGUACAUUCUUAUCCUCCCCGGGUUCGGCCUUAUCUCACACAUUGUUGCCUAUUAUGCAGGUAAGAAAGAACCCUUUGGGUAUAUAGGAAUAGUUUGAGCAAUAUUAGCCAUCGGUCUUCUUGGAUUCAUUGUCUGAGCCCACCAUAUAUUCACAGUUGGGAUGGAUGUAGAUACCCGAGGUUAUUUUACUUCUGCUACAAUAAUUAUUGCUAUCCCCACAGGCGUGAAGGUGUUCAGCUGACUGGCCACUUUACAUGGCGGUUCAAUUAAAUGAGAGGCCCCUUUACUAUGAGCUCUUGGAUUUAUUUUCUUAUUCACUGUCGGAGGCUUAACAGGGAUCAUUUUAGCAAACUCUUCUUUAGAUAUCGUCCUCCACGACACAUACUAUGUAGUUGCUCACUUCCAUUAUGUCCUCUCCAUAGGGGCUGUAUUUGCAAUUAUAGGAGGUUUUGUGCACUGGUUUCCUCUAUUCACAGGCUACACCCUCCACGGAGGAUGAACUAAAGUACACUUCACAGUUAUAUUUACAGGUGUAAAUCUUACAUUUUUCCCACAACACUUCUUAGGCUUAGCUGGGAUACCACGUCGAUACUCAGACUACCCCGACGCCUACACCCUCUGAAACACAGUCUCCUCAAUUGGCUCACUAGUCUCACUUGUAGCAGUAAUUAUAUUCCUCUUUAUUAUCUGAGAAGCAUUUGCUGCUAAACGAGAAGUACAGUUUAUUCAACUCACAUCUACUAAUGUAGAAUGGCUGCACGGAUGCCCUCCCCCUUAUCACACAUUUGAAGAACCUGCUUUCGUCCGGGCUCUUCCACACAACGAGAAAGGAAGGAAUCGAACCUCCGUAAAAUAGUUUCAAGCCACUUACAUUACCACUAUGAUACUUUCUUAUAUAA